AUGGGAAAUAAGAUUUCUUCUCAUUCUCCACCCCCGCUAUCGCAUGCCAAUCCCUCCUUCCAUUAUCUCUUUCCCACUACUGCAUAUGAAGUUUUUGUUAAUCACCGUGGAAAGGAUACAAAACAGUCUGUAGCCAGUUCAGUGUAUCACAAUCUUCAGAGUAGAGGAUUUAAAGCGUUUUUGGACAAAAGAUCUCUACGAGCAGGACAAUACAUACCCCAAGCUAUUACCUGCGCAAUACGCAGAGCUCUGGUUCAUGUUGUAAUCCUCUCUCCCAACUUUGCAGAAUCCGAGUGGUGUUUGGAUGAGCUGUUUUUGAUCACUCAAACCGGGGCUCCAAUCGUCCCCGUGUUUUGGCAAAUUCGACCGUCCGAGGUCCGAAUGGAGCGCAAGAGUGGAGUGUAUUCGAAAGCUUUCCGAAAGCAUAAGCAGGCUGGAAAAUUCGAUAGUUCAACUCUCGAGAAAUGGAAAAAUGCUCUGCGCUGGGUUUCACUUGUUGAAGGAUUUGUUAGUGAAGGUUUCAGUGAUGAAGGGAGGAUGGAGGAGGAAAUCACAGAGUCUGUGGCUGAAUAUAUUGAAAUGGCGAGAUGCCAAGGCAAUCAACUAUUUAAAGCUUUUUUGGACAAAAGUUCUCUACGAGUAGGACAAUACAUACCCCAAGCUAUUGCCUGCGCAAUACGCAGAGCUCUGGUUCAUGUUGUAAUCCUCUCUCCCAACUUUGCACCAUCUGAAUGGUGUUUGGAUGAGCUGUUAUUGAUCAUUCAAACCGGGGCUCCAAUUGUUCCCGUGUUUUGGCAAAUUCGACCGUCCGAGGUUCGAAUGGAGCGCAAGAAUGGAGUGUAUGUGAAAGCUUUUCUAAAGCAUAAGCAGGCUGGAAAAUUCGAUAGUUUAACGAUCGAGAAAUGGAAAAAUGCUCUGCGCUGGAUUUCACUUGUUGUAAGCUUUAAAAGUGAAGGUGACGAAGGGAGGAUGGUGGAGGCAAUCACAGAGUCUGUGGCUGAAUAUAUUGAAAUGGCGAGAUCCCAUAGAAAUGAAUGUAGAAGAGAGCUUAAAAGAAGAAGGGCGUUAGACUUGAUACCCAGUGAGAGUAGGAUUUUAUGGUAG